AUGCUGGCAUCUCGCCCCGAAAAGAGACAAUGCCUGAUUUCAGAGUUGAUGUUGGCAAAGGCAGAAAUGCAGCGAAUGUCUUUGGAGCACGAGAGAAAUAUCGAAGCGAGCUUUGGCCGUGAGCAGGCCCUUCAAAGCGAGUGCAAGGCAGCUUCGGCUCUCCUGGGGAAGAUGCAAGCACGGCAAGCAGAAUUUUCUCAUGUCAAGCAUCAGGAGUCUGAAGCAUUGAAAGCCCAGUUAGUUUCUCUAAGUGGGGAUCUGGCAAAGCAGCUGCAGCUUGUAGAUCCCAAGGUGGAGGAAGCGGACACCCUGGAAAAGAAAUUUGAAGCAUCUCAGCUUGAACUCGAAAGGUUUUCUACCGAGUACUGCAUCUUGCAAGAUGUCCUUCUUCAAGACUGUGGCGAGUACUUGCCGCUAGUUGUGAAUGAUUCCGAACAACGAGAGUUCAGUGCCUUUCAGUACCUCAAGAAGCUGCUGGACAUCGCAAAACGCAAAAGAGAGGCCCUGGAGAACCAGCUUGCUAAAAAAGAGGAGCAGUUCAAUCUACUUCAGCAAAAUUAUCAGUACUUAAAGGACCGGUACCAGUGGCCGUUACAAGAUCUCGGGGCAUUUUUCCGGAGCAUCAUCGGGGCAUUUGUCCGGAGCAUCAUCAAGCACACCAACCAGUCGUCAGAAGCUGCAGUGUCUCUUGAAGCAAGUCAGCUGGAAGACUUCAACUGUCGGCUGGCAGUGCUUCAGAAACUGGUCACAUCCUUGAAAGUUAGGAACGAGCUCCUCGCUCAAGAAAGUCAGCAGUGGAAAUCAUCUUGUGAAGAUGCGAGUGAACAAAUUAGAUGCGUCUCUGAUAAAAGUCGCCUCUGGCAGCAGAGACACGAAAAGAUGGCGGAGACUUUGAGAGAGAGAGAGAAUGCUGUUAAGUGUAACAAUUUGUCGCAAACGGAAGCAGACGGAACCUCCUUUACCGAGAAGGCAGAGACAGAGUGCGAUAGGUUAGACGAGAAAGUCAGCAGCCUCCUAAAACACAACGGAAAGCUAGAAAGCGAAGCCGACAUUUUGUGGUCAGAACUUUCCUGCCUGGAGGAGCAAGCUGAGAUGCUCGUCAGCGACAACAAACAUUUUCAACAGCUAGCUGAGAACUUAAAACAGGCACGACAUUGCAUCGAGGAGGAGCUGAAGACUCAGCGCGAGCAGCAGGUCAAGGCCACCAAGGAGAUGGAGAACGAGCACUGCACUGUGCUGCACGAAGCGGCCAAGUGGGAGGCAGCACUAUUAGCGCUGAAGACAGACCACUCCCAGCUGUUGGACAAGUAUAACCACAUUGUAUACAGACACAGGAACCUGCAGGAAGAGUUUCACGCGGCAGCCCAAGAGAAACGUAGUUUGGAAGACAGCUGUGCUCAGCUCACAGAAGAGUGGGCAACAGCCAGACGAGCUCUCGCAGUCUUCGAGGAGCAGCAGGGCGCAGUGGGACAAAAGACUAUGCAGGAGCUGCAAGAGCUGUGGCAAGCAAACCAGCAGUUACAAGAGCGCUUUCGCCUCCUCAAGGACAAGCAUCUCAAGGCUGAAGAACGGUUGGUACAGGCGCCAAACCAAAAAAUAGCAUUCGUCAACGAAACGCUAGACGUACUGCUGUCGUUAAAACAUAACGUUGAUUCGCUUCUCACACUUCCAGCGAAGGUCAAUGUCUUGUUGGCCUUAAAACCCACCAUUGAGUUUCUACGUGCAACCGUCCAAGAGGUCCAGGACUGCGUUGUCUUCCUGAGUGCUCAGUACGAGUCGGUUCUCACUGGUAUCACCAAGUAA